AUGACGGUGGGCAAGGACGUUAGUGCCCUAUUUCCGGAUGUGGUGAACUGCAUGCAGACGGAUAACCUGGAGCUGAAGAAGCUGGUGUAUCUGUAUCUCAUGAACUACGCCACCUCGCAACCAGACCUAACCAUCAUGGCGGUCAAUACGUUCCAGAAAGACUGUCACGACCCGUCCCCACUGAUCCGGGCGUUGGCUGUGCGUACCAUGGGGUGCAUCCGUGUAGACAAGAUCACCGAGUACUUGUGCGAUCCCCUGCGCAAAUGCCUCAAGGACGAGGAUCCGUACGUGCGCAAGACGGCGGCUGUGUGUGUGGCCAAGCUGUACGAUAUCAACCCCGAGUUAGUAGAAGACCAAGGCUUUCUCGAGACAUUGCGUGAUAUGCUCUCCGAUCCCACGCCCAUGGUUGUAGCCAAUGCAGUCGCAGCCCUGUCCGAAAUCAACGAAGUGUCGGAGGACGACGUUAUGGUGAGUCUGAUCAAUUCCGGGACGCUCAACAAGCUGCUCACCGCCAUCAACGAAUGCACCGAGUGGGGCCAGAUCUUCAUCUUGGACAGUCUGUCGGCCAUUGAACCCAAAGACUCGAAAGAGGCGCAACACAUCUGCGAACGGGUGCUGCCACGACUGCAACACGCCAACACGGCAGUAGUCCUCUCCGCCGUCAAGGUCAUUAUGAAGUAUCUAGAGUUUGUGGAGGAUUCGAACUUUGAGAAGGCCAUGGAGCGCAAACUGGCACCACCUCUGGUGACGAUGAUGUCGGUGGAGCCAGAGGUGCAGUACAUUGCCCUGAGAAACAUUAACUUGGUAGUGCAGCGCCGUCCCAACAUUCUCAAGCACGAGAUGAAGGUAUUCUUCGUCAAAUACAACGACCCCAUCUACGUCAAACUGGAGAAGCUCGAUAUUGUGUGCCGUCUGGCCUCAGAGGCGAAUAUCAGUCAAGUUCUUGCGGAACUGAAGGAGUAUGCCACUGAGGUGGAUGUGGACUUUGUGCGCAGAUCUGUACGGGCUAUCGGGCGAUGCGCCAUUAAAAUCGAGGGCAGUGCGGAACGUUGUAUCGACACGCUGGUGAACCUCAUUCAUACGAAGGUGAACUAUGUGGUGCAAGAGGCUAUUGUGGUGAUCAAAGACAUCUUCCGCAAAUAUCCCAACCGCUACGAGUCUAUCAUCGGACGACUGUGCGAGAACCUCGACACGCUGGACGAGCCCGAGGCAAAGGCCAGCAUGAUCUGGAUUAUUGGAGAGUACGCUGGUCGUAUCGACAAUGCUGAUGAGAUUUUAGAACAGUUCCUGGACAACUACCUAGACGAGGGACCUACAGUACAACUGCAGAUACUUACAGCAAUUGUCAAGUUGUUCUUAAAGAAGCCGCAGGAUAACCGAAUUCCCGGUGCACGGUUGCAGGCUCCCAGAUCACCGCCCAUGGAGCGAGGCAGAGACCACGACAGUGGAGACGACUACGGCGAUAGUCGCUCGCCCUCACCACAACGUAGCCGGUCCGGAAAUAACGGGGCAGGUGCAAGUGCUGCACCCCAAGUGGACCUCAUGGGUGACCUGUUGGGCUUGGAUAUGGGGCCCUCAGAACCCGUGGCGGAUCCUCUGAGUGGCAUGGGUGGCGCGUCAUCUAUGGCCGCCGCACAAGGUGGUGGUAUGGAUGAUUUCGAUCUCCUGGGAGGGUUGGGUGGCAUGGACAUGGGGGGUGUGCCUGCUGCAGCCCAGCCUAGCGGAGCCAUGGGCGGCUUAGACGAUCUACUGGGUGGGUUGGGAGACCCUGCCCCAGUCCAGAGCGGAGCCGCGGUGGGACAAUCGGCAAUGCCUUUGGCACAGGCCACAGGAUACACACCGCAACAAUUCUGCAUGUUAACGGCUCAGAAGGGCAAAGGACUAGAGGUCUAUGGCACAUUCUCUCGCCGUGGACGACAGCCAGCGAUUGAGCUGAGCUUCACAAACAAAGCCAUGAAGCCUAUGCAAGACUUUGCCAUUCAGUUUAAUAAGAACACCUUUGGCAUUGCGCCGGAGACUCCGUUGAAUAUGCCGGGUGCGCUAAUGCCGAACCAAACGCGCGAGGCGACGGUUCCACUGACGACCAUCGGCCCUGUCGCGAAAUCAGACCCUAUCACUCAGCUACAGAUUGCACUGAAGAACAACGUGGAUGUCUUCUACUACAAUUGCAAUAUGCCUGUGCACGUGGUCUUCGUGGAGGACGGUGUGGGCAAUGCAGACACUUUCUUCGACGAGUGGGAUGCGCUCCCACGGAGCAAUAGGCAGGAGAUUGAGGAUGUCAAGGGCGGGUUCGGGGAGAUCCAGGACAAGCUCAGCAGUAACAACAUAUUCACAGUCUCCGAUCGAGAGGACGGGCCCUUCGAUGUCCUGUCCUGUACGAUGAAACUAAGCACCGGCGUGUGGGUGUACGCUGAGGUGGCGGUGGGCCGAGAUAUUGUGGAGGUGGACGUGAAAUCACAGUCAGCCGAGAUCAUACCGUUCGCCAGUGAUAUCAUUAGAGACAUACUUCUGGCCUGA